UCUAAUCUAUUCAUCAAAACUCAUUACAUCUGUACUGUCUGUGCGAAACUACAAGACUUUUCAUUUGGAAAAUACAUUUACCAUAAUAUGUAUAGGACUUUUAUUUUGAAAAUGGUCUAAUGGCCGCCGCGGCAGUGUGUACACAUGGAGAUCGGUCUGACAUCGCUGGCCUCAUCUAGAAGAUUUCAAAGAUUUUAAAGCAUAUAACGCCCUUCUGUCGAUUGAAAUUACUUUCCCCGUUUUCGACGCGGGUUCUCCGAAGCAUGUCUGUGUUCGGAGGAGCGCUGAGGAGCUUCUGUCAGUCCUCGGCUCGGCUCUUCAGCACAGGCACCUGCGCUAGAAUACGAAUGCACGCCAUUCCCAAACUGAAGGAGGUGGAUCGAUGGACGGAGAAGAGGAGCAUGUUUGGAGUCUAUGACAACAUCGGGAUCUUGGGAGAUUUUAAAGCUCAUCCGAAAGACUUGAUCCGAGGACCGGUGUGGCUCAGGGGCUUCAGAGGAAUCGAGCUCCAGCGGCUCAUCAGGAAGAAGAGGAUGGUGGGAGACCGGAUGAUGACCGAGGACAAGCACAACCUGGACAAGAGGAUCAGCUUCCUGUACCGCCGCUUCAACAGAUACGGCAAACACAGAUAGACUCGCCUUCGCUCGGCCAGAAUUCAGUGUGUGUCAAAAGCUGCUGUCCCGUUCAUUAAACUGUAAAAAUGUUGUCAUGAUUGCAAAGAUUGACCUCAGAUGAUGCUGAUGAGUCCCAUUAAAAAGAUUUAUUAA